GGGGGCGUCUGCAGCGGCGGAGCUCCGAGGAUCAGCGGCUGAUCAGAUGAUGGUGGCAGCGGAGCAGGACAGAACUGCUGCUGGGCUUCAGACGGUCAGUUCGGUUCUGUUCGGGUCGGGACGGUUUCGGUUCGGUUCUGCUGCUGACAUGUUCGAUCACUCCGACUAUCCGUUCAACUGUUUCAACUAUGACGGGGACGGAUACCCGACCUCUGGGACGGACGAAGACAAGAAGAUAUGCAGACCCGCUUACAGCUUUUCUGUGUGUGGCAGCUACAUCGCUCUGAUCGCCAUGGCGAUCCAGCAGAACCCGGACCAGCGGGUCACUCUGUCCGGCAUCUACGACUUCAUCAUGAGGCGGUUCCCCUACUACCGGUCCAACCAGCGAGCCUGGCAGAACUCCAUCCGGCACAACCUGUCGCUCAACAGCUGCUUCAUCAAGGUUCCACGGACGGAGGGGAACGAGAAGGGGAAGGGGAACUUCUGGACCUUCGCCGCCGGCUGCGAGUCGAUGCUCGACCUCUUCGAGAACGGAAACUUCCGGCGCCGCCGCCGCCGCCGGAACCCCAAGAUCGGCCUCCGGGACCCGGCUGAGGUUCGGCGAGACCCGGCGGCACGGCGACCGCAGCUGGACUCCGCCCUCCGCGCUCUGCCCCCUGACCGGCCCGGCCCACUCCAGAACCGCCGCCAGAAAUCCGAGCCGGAGAUCAAGUUCAGCAUCGAUUACAUCCUGUCCGCUCCGGACCCGCCGCCGGCCGCGUUCAGGACCGGUGCCGGCCCGGUUCGCCAGGGCCCGACCGGGCCGCCGGUUCUGGAGCCUCCGCACCUCAACCUGCACUUCUGGACUCUCUGAGGCCACAGGAGGCGAGACUUGGACUAGGACAGAGAGGUUCUACUGGACCAGCGCCGGGACCGGUCCAGAACAUCAGAACUCAGAGUCCCUGUGCUGUCUGUGACGUAACUUCAAUAUUUCGCGUGUAAUCGAUGUUCAUUUUAGUCUAACUGUGGUGUGAAGGUGGAACGGGUCGAACCCGGCAGAACUUAUCAGAACCCGACGAUCAUUUCUGCCGGGAAGGAAAAACCUCGGAGUUUAAAUCAGAAACAGAAAAAUGAUAAUUCAGUUUUAAUUUUCUUUCAUUUCAUAAAUAGAAAAGUUGAGAAAUGAGAUGAAUUUAAACUUUUAGAGGCAGAAAAGUUCAAACAAAAUUAAAUAAUCCAAAUAUUCUGUUAAUAAAUAAGUUUCUGCUGGAAAACAUGAGAGUUUAAAGAAACAAACUGUUUCAUAUAAAAGUGAUUUAAAUGCUGAUCU